AUGUCUUCUGCAGAGAAAGUUGCUUCGUGCGACGGCCUUACGUCAGAGAUCCUUUUACGAUUACCGGUAAGAUCAUUGCUUCAUUUCAAGUCUGUUUCCAAACACUGGUAUUCUCUCAUUUCAAGCUCUAGUUUCAAACUCCCUAACCUUGACCCCCCUUCGGGUCUGUUCGUCGCAGAUUAUAUCAAUAAACCAAACCCAGAAUAUGAUUUUAUCCCAUUCGAUAUUGAAAGUCCAGUCAAACCACCUUUGAGAGCUCUUCAUUUUGAUCCAACUGUUAAGUGUUUGAUGAUCGAGCACUCCUGUAAUGGUUUAAUGUUGUGUUCUGCCUAUACUGAUGAGUAUUUUCGACAUAACAAUAAAUAUGUGAUGAAUUACAAGUAUUAUAUAUACAAUCCAACUAUUAACAAAUUCAAUACUCUUCCUAGACUUGAAAACUAUGCAAAUAAUGGAUCGGUUCGAUAUGGUAUGACCUUACAUUUUGACCCGACACAAUCAUCUCACUACAAAGUCAUAUAUGUUUGUGGCUACGAGACGAAUCCUCUUACUGGUAACACUCGUUACCAGAUUGAAAUUUAUUCCUCACAAACUCGCACUUGCAAGACUUCCUGUGAAUUUGAACUUGAUGAAGAUAUUUAUAUCGAUUUUAGGGCUGGUGUUUUUUGGAACAAUGCCCUUCACUGGAUUCAGAAAUCGGGAUUUAUAUUUUGUUUCAACUUGGAUCAAGAGAUUGUUCAUCAGAUACAAACCCCUAUAGGUCCUAUUGGCGGUUGGGUUGAGGAAGAAAACUAUUCAAAUUACUUAUUUGAAUCCCGAGAUCACUUGCUUGUGAUUGAAAUCCAGCGACCUCAUACUUCUAAGUUCAAGAUUCAUGACUUGAAGAAAGAUUAUUCAGAAUGGUUUGUGAAAUACAAUGUUGAUCUUGGGGGAAUUUCUGGAUCAUUCCCUGAAAUUAUGAAUCCUGAAUCCGCUGAUACCUUUGAGUUUGCUAUACUAGCUCUUGUUUUGGGCGAUAAAGAAGACGAGUCAUUCUUGGUACUCGAAAUACAUGGGAAAGCUUUAAGAUUCAAUUUGUUGUCAAAGACUUUCCACAAGCUCCAUGAUUUAACUUCUUCUCGCCCCAAAUCUCACUCUUCUAACCGCAAUGAGGUUUUUCGUCAAUGGCCUUGUGUUUUUCAGUUCGUGGAAUCUCUCGGCAAUGGCCUUUGA